CAUCAAUUGUCAACAGAAAUUGUUCUUUUAGAUUAGAUAUAAUUGGCAAGAGGUAUUUCCGUCCUCAACCAUGCAACUUCCAAACGAUUGCGUUCGAUAUUGCCCACAUCUCAGCCUUGUCAGCCUCGCUGGAGGGGUAAAAUUCGCUUGGAAAAACGUUAGGUGCGCUAGCGCCAUUUUCCACCGAUUGACUCUGCAACGGCAUGACUCCACCCACCUCACGUUGUCUCUUUUUCCCUCCUACAUAAACCCAACCUCUCCUCCCGCCCUCAAAUUUCCUUCCCUCACCAUACAACAAUAACCAAACCUCAAUUACACCAUGGCAGAACCACCAAAAGAAACCCCCAUCCCCACCGACCCCGCGCUCACCCCCGCGGCCGGCGAGGGCGAAGCCUCCCAAUCGAAGAAAGGAGCCAAGAAAGCGGAAGCCAAAGCCAAAAAAGAAGCAGAAAAGGCACGCAAAGCAGCUGAACGCGAGGCUCAAGCUCAAGCUUCCGGCAGCGGCGGAGCCACCGAGGACCUCGCGAAGGAGAAUUACGGCGAGAUCACGCACACGACCUCUAUUCCUGCCCCGCAGAUCCAUCUGCGUGAGCUGGGAGAGGAGCAUGUGGGCAAGACGGUCAAGGUUAGGGCGUGGAUACAGAAUGCAAGGAUGCAGGGGGCGAAGAUGGCGUUUGUGGAGUUGAGGGAGGAGGGGAAUUGGACGGUGCAGGGGGUGGUGAGUGCGAGUGCGGAGGGGAAGCCGGUUAGUAGGCAGAUGGUGAAGUGGAUUGGGGGGCUGAAGUUGGAGAGUUUUGUGGUGGUGGAGGCGAGUGUGCAGAAGCCGUUGGAGCCGGUCAAGAGUACGAAGGUUAGUGGGUUUGAGUUGCAUUUGGUGAAGUGCUAUCUCGUUGCUCCGGCGCCUGAGACGCUCGGUUUGGGGUUGGGAGCUGCGAGUAGAGCUGUGGGGAGUUUGGCGGAGGAGGAGACGAAGGAGGAGGCUGGUGUUGAAGGACUCAGCAUUAACGAAGGCACACCUGUUGCUAGCUUGGCUACACAUCUCAAUAACCCAGCUAUGCACAAGCGAGCUCCUGUCUCUCAAGCUAUUGCCGAUAUCCGAAUUGCGGUGGAGGAUCUAUUCUGCGAAUACCUAAGAGCACACCGAUUCAAGAAAUUCCACCCUCCGAGUUUGAUUGGUGCUGCUUCUGAAGGUGGAGCAAACGUCUUCCGACUACCUUAUUUCGAAAAGGAGGCAUUCCUGGCACAAUCGCCCCAAUUCUACAAGCAAUUUGAAAUCGCGGGUGGCCGAAAGCGUGUCUACUGUGUUGGUCCCGUGUUCAGAGCCGAGAAUUCGAAUACGCCUAGACACAUGACUGAGUUUAUUGGUCUUGAUCUGGAAAUGGAAAUCGAGGAGCAUUACCACGAAGUCAUGCACAUGCUCGAAGCCGUUCUCCUCCACAUCUUCAAAGGCCUCUCCACCCAAUACCGCGAAGAAAUCGAACUCGUCCGCUCCGUAUACCCCUCAGAAGAAUUCCUCCUCCCUAAAGAUGGCAAAGAAGUCCGUCUCACCUUCGCCGAAGGCCAAGCACUCCUCCGUUCCGAAGGCCCACCCGAAUUCGAAGACGUCAAAGACGACGAGGAUAUGUCCACUCCCCAAGAGAAAGCCCUGGGCGCCCUGGUCAGAAAGAAGUACAACACCGAUUUCUACGUCCUGGACAAGUUUCCCGUUGCCGCUAGACCCUUCUACGCCAUGCCCGACCCAGCGAACCCGGAGGUCACAAACGCUUACGAUUUCAUGAUGCGAGGCCAGGAGAUCCUUUCUGGUGGUCAGCGUCUGCAUCUUCCGCACGAGCUAGAGGCUAUGAUUCGAAGAAAGGGCCUUGAUCCCAAUCAACCUGGUAUCAAGGAGUACGUUGAUGUGUUCAGGAGCGUAGGUGUCCCGCCUCAUGGCGGUGGUGGUAUUGGGUUGGACAGAGUGGUUGCUUGGUAUUUGAACUUGCCUAGUGUGCAUUUGGUUUGCGACUAUCCCAGGACGCCGAAGAGAUUGAGUCCUUAGGUUAUUCGGGGAAUUAUGAAUAGCGAAUAAGAUGGUGGAACAAGCGGAUUCGAGAGAAAGGAUUAUGUUGUCGGGUCAGUAAUUAUGGAGACUAUGAGGAGCG